AUGCUUUCCAGCUGGCGUUCAGCACUCAGAUCGAGUGAGCUGUGGAGUCGCGCCGGAUACAAGAGCCUGAGACCCCGCUAUUUCCCCGCUGGCAGUUUGACGACUAGCCACCGACAUGUCACACCUAGUUGGUCGAGGUUGCUGAACACCAAGAUCACUCCCGAUGGUCGUCAGAUUGCUUCUUCCGAUUCCAUGUCCGACAUAGUCAAAUUUCCAGGUAAAGACAGAAAGAAUCAAGAAAUCACGUUGAGUUUAUACGAUGCAGAGGAUAAGUGA